GUAUCGUAGUACAAAGGAAAAUAAAUGAAAAAGACGACUCCGAGAAAAGAAAAGCCAAAGGUUUCUUCGUCGAGAUGGUAAAGCUAAUAAGAUGGAACCUUCUCCAUUAUUGUUAGCUUACCUUACUAUCUCCGACCACAUUUAGAGAGAGAGACAAAGUUGAUUUUGUGUUUAUUCUUGCUUCAUCUUCAAACUCAACUGUGAUUUCUCUCUAUAUUCUCCGGCGAUGAUGACGACGGCGGAGGGUGAGUACUCGAAGGCCAAAACAUCGGUUUGGUGGGACAUAGAGAACUGCGAGGUGCCUAAAGGAUGGGACGCGCACUCGAUUGCUCAGAACGUGAGUUCUGCUUUGUUGAAUAUGAACUACGGUGGCCCUGUCUCAAUCUCCGCGUACGGAGACACCAAUCUGAUCCCAAAACCUGUUCAGCAAGCCUUGUCUUCUACUGGUGUUGGUCUUAAUCAUGUUCCUGCAGGAGUGAAAGAUGCGAGCGACAAGAAGAUACUAGUGGACAUGUUACUGUGGGCUGUAGACAACCCUUCACCAGCCAACUUCAUGCUCAUCUCCGGCGAUAGGGACUUCUCCAAUGCUCUCCACCAGCUAAGCAUGAGGAGGUACACUAUUCUCCUCGCUCAGCCUCCACGUGCCUCGCCUCCGCUUAUUGCUGCUGCCAAAUACGUAUGGCUCUGGACAUGCCUAGCCUCGGGAGGUCCUCCUCUUACGAGUGGUGAAUCUUCUCGACUGGUCGACAGUGGUCGCUCUCUUGUCUCUAACUAUGAAGAGGCGAAAGGUCCAGUUUCUGAACAAAGUCAGUCAAACAAACCAACUGAUUCAACUCCUGACGCUCGAAGAAAUAUGCUUCAGAAUGGCAGAAGAGCCGCAUGUGAAUCUGUUGCUUCUUGUGGUGGCUUUGAAGCGCACCACUCAGAUAUAAGAAAUACAUCACAGGCUGCAUUUGUAGUCAGCAACACAGCUCAGGCCAACGUUUCAGCCAAACCCAUACUUGAAGCAUCGUUUGUAGCCAGUCACAAAGCUCAGGCUGAUCUUUCCGCCAAACCCAUACAUGAAGCAGCGUUUGUAGCCAGUCAAAAAGCUCAGGCUAACGUUUCGGCUAAACCCAUACAUGAACCAGCGUUUAUGGCCAGCCACAAAGCUCAAGCCAACGUUUCAGCCAAGCCCAUAUAUGAACCAGCGUUUGUGGCCAGUAACAAAGCUCAGGCCAACGUUUCAGCUAAACCCAUACAUGAACCAGCGUUUAUGGCCAGCCACAAAGCUCAAGCCAACGUUUCAGCCAAGCCCAUACAUGAAGCAGCGUUUGUGGCCAGCCACAAAGCUCAGGCCAACGUUUCAGCCAAGCCCAUACAUGAAGCAGCGUUUGUGGCCAGUCACAAAGCUCAGACAAACGUUUCAGCCAAGCCCAUACAUGAACCAGCGUUUGUGGCUAGUCAAAAAGCUCAGACUAACUUUUCAGCCAAGCCCAUACAUGAAGCAGCGUUUGUGGCUAGUCAAAAAGCUCAGGCCAACGUUUCAGCCAAACCCAUACAUGAACCAGCGUUUGUGGCCAGCCACAAAGCUCAGGCCAACGUUUCAGCCAAGCCCAUACAUGAAGCAGCGUUUGUGGCCAGUCACAAAGCUCAGGCCAACGUUUCAGCCAAGCCCAUACAUGAAGCAGCGUUUGUGGCUAGUCAAAAAGCUCAGGCCAACGUUUCAGCUAAACCCAUACAUGAACCAGCGUUUAUGGCCAGCCACAAAGCUCAAGCCAAAGUUUCAGCUAAACCCAUACGUGAAGCAGCGUUUGUAGCCAGUCAAAAAGCUCAAGCCACCGUUUCACCCAAACCCAUACAGGAAGCAGCGCUUGUGGAACCUGUGUUGUGCAAUGUUUGCCAGAUCAGCUGCGCCAAUAAAGAUGCAUAUACCAGUCACACCUAUGGUAAAAGACAUCGAAAGAACUUGGAGCUGCAAACUGGUAAGUCCGAAAACAUGUCGCGUGGGGAGAAACAGAAGAAUAGGAAGAAGAACGCGAGUGAAGGUAGGACUAAACCAAAAGGGCAUUAUUCUUGUCGUUUGUGCAAUGUGGUAUGCCAGAGUCAAGUUGCCUUUGAGUCUCAUCUGAAGGGUCAGAAGCAUGCUACCAUGCUGAGUCAAUCAGAGGCGUUCACUAAUUCUAAGAAGCUUCAAGAGAAAGGUGUCUGUGAAAAAGUUCAACCAAGAGAAGCAGUUGCAGAGCCUAAACCAAAGGGACUCAUUGAUUCUAACAAGCUUCAAGAGAAAAGCGUCGGAGAAAUGGAUCAACCAAGAGAAGCAAUUGUAGAGCCUCAGCUGCAGUCUCAAAUUGCUCAAGAGAAUAGCAAGUGCUUUGAGAAGCAUGUUGCCAUGGUGAAUCAAUCAGAGGCACUCGUUGAUUCUAGGAAGCAUGAAGAGAAAGUUGUCCGAGAAAAGGUUCAACCAAUGGUAACAGUUGCAGAGCCUCAGUCGCAGUCUCAAGAGAACACCAAGUUCUGUAUGAAGCCCAACGAAGAGUACAGAGAGAUAUAUGGCGAAUCAAAAAGCAGUGUUAAAGAAAAUUGUUCAAGUACUAAAGACUGGGUAGAGACUGUCUUCUUCGGUGAUUUUGGAGUAUCAGUGAAAGCAAGAGAAUGUUUUGAUGGCAUUGCCAAGCCAGUAAACCUGUCUGGAGUGCAGGAAAAGGAGGUGAUGGUACCACAGGGUUUAUCAACAGUGGUUUGUGAUAUUAAACCUCAUUGGACGAACAAAAACCAUACUACGCCUGGUUUUGUAGCCAGUGAUGGUGCUAGGUCCAGCGUUUCAACCAAACAUAUAACGAAGGAAACAAAUGUUUGGCCUGUCUUCUGCCAUGUCUGCCAGAUCAGCUGCGAGAGCCAGGUUGCAUAUGCAAAUCACAUCUGUGGGAAAAUACACCAACAGAAGAGGGAGAGGAUGUCCGAGAGAGACGCCAUGCUUUCUAAGGAGAAUGCAGAGAGAUUGAAGAAGGUAUUGAGCAAAAGCCAAACCGCCUUUGCUUCUCAGAACCAUGCUGCCGUGGUCAAGGAGCAAACAGAGCAGGCACACGUUGAUUCACGGAGAACUCGACAAGAAUUGGAACAGGCACUCAUUGUCGACUCAAGGAAAAUCCGAGAAGAAGGCGGUCGAGAAAAAGAAACAACACUUGUGAAGACUAAGGACCAUGUGUUUCAAGGAGCACAAGAAGACAAAGAGGAAGUAAAGGAGAUAAGCCACAUAUCUGAGAGCAUCACAAAUGCCAUGUUGCAUGCCUUAACUGAACUGAAUCAAGAGUCUUGUAUACCCAAAGAAUUGAGACUUGAGAGAGUACAACUUCCAGCAGACAGGAAUGUGACCAAGAAGUUUGAAGAUGGGUCCAAGCAUAGGCCCCUACCAACACCAUCGCAACCCGUAAAGGACUUUGCAGGACUUAAGGAGCAUCCCGGAGAGGCUGCCAAGAGGGAAGAGGCUAAGGUCCAACCUGAUAACUUUUGGACCAGACUUUGGGGGAAAAAGAGUUAAAAAAGCUUUGCUGAAUAAUUGUCUGAUUUAAAACUAUAGUUUAUGGUCGACUAUUGCAUUAUAUGUAUGUUUAGUUGGUGUUCUAAUGAGACCGAGGGAAUAUAAUUUAAGUAAUGAUUUGAAUCAAAAACUAAAACAUAAUCCAGUUGUAAAGCUCUUCAAUAGCUUCUCCUAAUGUCAAGUCAUUUUUAUAAUA